AAUCACUAAAAGUCAAGAGAUGUGCCGUCAAUGCAAUGUUUGUGACCGCAUAUAAUGCCGACGUUAAGGAUCAGUUGACGCCAUUAGCUAAGGGUUGUCUGCCAGCCCUUUGCUCCCAACUCGACACCGAUGACAAAGAUUACCUGAAUUUAGUUUUGUUAACAAUCAUUAGUUUCCUGUUUUGGGAAUUUAAGGCAUUUCUCGGCAAAGAGAAAAAGCUGUUGACUUCGGAGGACACUAUCUCUCCGUUCGCUGAGAUAAUCAAAGACUGCGAUGGCUUACAAAGAUUGAAGCAAAUCAAAGAGUCCAACAAUAAUAGCCAUACACCGACACAAGUGGAACGGCGGGUCGAGGAGAUACUGGCGCUGGCCUUUCACGUGGAGACCCGGCCCCCGGAGCGGAAACAGUCUCUAUAUUUAAUGUUGUACACGUUUCCCGAGGUUAAUCCCAGGGUAAAACAGGAACAGUGUGUGGGCUGUAAGAAAGUGAUGGACGCCCAGAAGAAGUUUGUGAGGGCCGACACCACCAUAUUCUCGUGCCAUCACCUCAACCUUUGCAGGGGGUGUGCAGUCAAAGGGAUCACCAAAAUGUAUAACCAAGAGUCAGAUCUGCCCACAUUACUUCGAACUUAAGGCUCGAGUUGAACAACAAUUUGAAAAUAUUGAUUUUAUUAAAUUGAAUAAAUAAACAUC